AUGGCUACUGAAGAUGACAACUUCGAUAUUGACAUCUAUGGAGAUGGCGGUGGAUACAACGGGAAUGACCAGGGAGAUUACAAGGAGGAAGAUACCAAGCAUGAUGACUCGGAGCUCAUCCUAGAUGCGCCCGUGACUACUCAAAACGGAGGCCCUGUGCCUGGAGAUGGUCCCUCUGAAUCGAACCCGAAACAGGAUCACUCGGCAAACCCGCAACCCGCAAAUGGUGAACAUGUAACACAUUCAGAUGCCAAUCAGCAGCAGCAAACGCAAAACCAGAAUCUGCCUCCGCCCCAGGGCGUGAAGCGCAAGGAGCACGACGACCGCCAGGCAGACCCUGACGCGACGCCAGCCUUGCUUAUCUCCGACUUAUUCUGGUGGACUACUGAUGAUGAUAUCCGUGGAUGGAUUCGUGAAGCCGAAUGUGAAGACGAGCUCAAGGACGUAACGUUCAGCGAGCAUAAGGUGAACGGAAAGAGUAAAGGUCAAGCCUUCGUUGAGUUCACCACCCUUCAGGCCUCGUCCGCCACUAAGCAUAAGAUCGAAUCAUACGCUCUUGCUGGCCAGGCCGGGCGCAAACAUACCGUCAACUACACCAGUCCCCAACCUAACCCCUUCCGCACACUACCCAAGGAUGCCCCUAUGAGAAAGGACAACCAGGCCCGGUCGAUGUCCGGUGGCUUCAAUUCAUCCAACCAGAACAUGAACUUCGGCAUGAACAACAACAUGGGAGGCGGAGGAGGCUUCCGCGGUGGCCGUGGAGGAUACAACAACCGCGGUGGCAUGGGCAAUAAUAUGGGCAACUACAAUAACCGCAACUUCCAGAACCCCAUGGGCGGCUUCCAGAACCCAAUGGGCGGCGGCUUUCCCGGCAACCCAAUGGGUGGCAUGCCGAACUACGGAUUCAACAACCGCGGCGGCAUGAUGGGAGGCGGUAUGCGAGGCGGACCUGGAGGCAUGCGCGGUGGUCGUGGCGGCGGUGGCAUGGGUGGACCGAACAUGAUGGGCAUGCCGGCUAUGAACCCUAUGGGCGGUAUGGGAAUGAACCCCAUGUCCGGUGGCAUGAACCCGAUGAUGGGCGGCAUGGGCGGAAACAUGAGUAUGCAGGGUAAAGGCGGUUUCCAGGCUCCCAAUCCAGCGUUCAACCAGGGCUUCUUCACCCCCAACCAGGGAGUCGGAGAUGGAUCUUGGAACCCGCACGGUGCUAAGCGCAGUCGACAGGAGUAA